GCAAGUGGUUAGAAUAUACAGUGAGCAGCAGAAAGUUCCUCGACAGUGGAAAAAAUUUAUGUCAUGUGGUGAAAACAAAGAAGAAUUAAUGAAAUUCCUUUUCACGUGCUGGAAGAACGCCAAACCGCGACUGCUAAGAGGCAUUCAAGUGGUCCUUUCACACGAAGAAAAAUGCCAUAGCUUUAUUGAAUCAAACGAACAGCUGACGUGCACUGAGGUGUUAGAGCUCUCCUGUGAUCACGAAGAAGCCGAUACACGAAUGAUAACCCAUGCAAGACAUGCCUCUCAACAUUUCCCUAACAUUCUGAUCAAAAGUCCUGAUACGGAUGUUUUCGUUAUUGCACUUAAUGCCUCUUUGGACAUCGAUGCUGAUAUUUUCAUGGAAACGGGUGUAGGACAUGGACGACGAAUAAUCUCCCUCAGCAAUGUGAGGCAAUCUCUUGGAGACCAAUGGUGUAGGUCUUUGUUAGGUCUUCAUGCGUUUACGGGUUGUGAUACCACAAGUUCCUUUUACGGCAAAGGCAAGAUAAGUGCAUUGAAGAUUGCCAAAAUGAAAGUGGCGCACGCCACUACAUUCGAAAAUCUUGGGAGGGAAAUAGUACUAUCUGAUGCACUUAAACAGGACUUAUCAAGGUAUGUAUGCCAUCUCUAUGGUUAUGACGAAUGCUCGGACGUCAAUACUGCGCGUUACCAAUUAUUUAAAAGAGGGAAAUACGAGGAAGAAUUGUUGCCGCCUAACCAAGAUUCUCUCGACCAGCACGCUCUCAGAGCCAAUUUCCAAUGUUACAUCUGGCGACAUGCUACGCAACCAAUGCUUCAUCUUCCUACAUUUUACAACCACGGCUGGAAAGUAGAUGGUGAAGGAAACGUAGAAAUUGCUUGGAUGACCAUUCCUGCAGCCCCAGACUCAAUCUUAGAAUUUGUAAACUGCAAGUGUACGAAGGGUUGUGAAAAUAGAAGAUGUUCCUGUUUGAAGGCAUCGCUGAAGUGUACGGAUGUAUGCCAAUGCCACGAUUGCAAAAACCGCUAUAGCGAAAGCCAUGACGAAAGCGAGUGCUAUGAAGAUUCCGACACUUUUAGCUCCUGUGACGAUCACAGCUCGGAUGAGGACAGUGAGGAUGAACAGUAAAGAGUCAACAGUCUUUAAAACAGUCAACUUCUAAAGAUAUUCAUAAAGUGACACAA